UUCCCCCACCUCCCUCGCGAACUGACGUCGCCUUCUUAAAUCCCCCGGUAAAAAAAGGAGAGAGUAGAGGAGAGGAGAAGAGGAGACACUGCGGAGCUGCUGCCGCGAAUCGGAGGGGAAUUCGACGGCGCGGGGCGAAUCCGACCGGAAAUUCACGCGAUUCGGGCCCGGUUUGUGCGGUGCGGGAGGUGAGCGCGCGCGGGGAGGAGGCGCGGAUGUGAAGAUCUGGCUGGGAUGUCUUGUGCAGCAGCUGCUGCUGCUGCCGCGGCGGGCGGCGGCGAGGGGGACGCGGCGACGGCGGCGGCGCGAGCCGGCGGAGGAGGAGAAGGGGAGGAUGCUCUGUUCUCGGAGCUGUGGAGCGCAUGCGCCGGGCCGCUGGUCACGGUGCCGAAGGUCGGGGACAAGGUGUUCUACUUCCCGCAGGGGCACAUCGAGCAGGUGGAGGCAUCGACCAACCAAGUGGCUGAGCAGCGGAUGCAACUGUACAAUCUCCCAUGGAAGAUCUUGUGCGAGGUCAUGAACGUUGAAUUAAAGGCCGAGUCAGACACUGAUGAGGUCUACGCUCAGCUCACUCUGCUUCCUGAAUCAAAGCAGCAAGAGGAGAAUGCUUCUACCGAGGAGGUGUCUGCUGCGCCAUCAGCUGCGCCUGUGAGGCCACGGGUGCACUCCUUCUGCAAGACAUUGACUGCCUCAGACACAAGCACGCAUGGUGGCUUCUCUGUGCUGCGUCGCCACGCAGAUGAGUGUCUCCCUCCAUUGGAUAUGAGCCGGCAACCUCCGACACAAGAGCUGACAGCAAAGGACCUGCAUGGGGCAGAAUGGCGCUUCCGUCACAUCUUCAGAGGUCAGCCACGCCGACACCUUCUGCAAAGCGGUUGGAGUGUAUUCGUCAGUGCAAAACGACUUGUUGCUGGGGAUGCCUUCAUCUUUCUCAGAGGUGAGAACGGGGAGCUACGUGUUGGAGUCAGACGUGCAAUGAGGCAGCAAACCAAUGUUCCGUCUUCAGUAAUAUCCAGUCACAGUAUGCAUCUUGGUGUUCUUGCUACAGCAUGGCAUGCUGUUAACACAGGGACCAUGUUUACUGUGUACUAUAAACCUAGGACUAGCCCAGCAGAGUUUGUGGUCCCUUAUGAUCGUUAUAUGGAAUCGCUCAAACGCAAUUACUCUAUUGGGAUGAGAUUUAAGAUGAGGUUUGAAGGUGAAGAGGCUCCAGAGCAAAGAUUCACUGGGACUAUUGUUGGAAUGGGGGAUUCUGAUCCAGCUGGAUGGGCUGAAUCCAAAUGGCGUUCCCUUAAGGUGCGCUGGGAUGAAGCUUCUUCAAUUCCUCGCCCUGAAAGAGUUUCUCCCUGGCAAAUAGAACCUGCUGUAAGCCCUCCUCCAAUUAAUCCGCUUCCAGUGCCAAGAACCAAAAGGCCUCGCCCGAAUGUUAUAGCUUCCACAACUGACUCUUCUACUCAAGCAAAAGAAGUUGCUCCCAAAGUGGCAGCGGAGACGCAACAGCAUGCUUUACAAAGGGCUUUCCAGACUCAAGAGAAUGCAACCCCGAAAACUGGUUUUGGUGAUGGCAGCGAAUUGGACACUACACAGAAAUCUGUCCUGCAGCCCUCAGGGUUUGAACGUGAGAAAAACAACAUUCCUACUCAGAUAAAACUAGGUUCAAAUGGUUGGAUGCAGAUGAGCAGGCCUGAGAGUUACAGUGAAAUGUUAUCUGGAUUUCAGCCUCCUAAAGAUGUACAGAACCAGCAGGGUUUCCGUUCUUUCCCUGAGCAGAUCGCUGCAGGUCAUUCAAAUUUCUGGCACACAGUCAACGCUCACUAUCAAGAUCAGCAAGGCAGUCACAGCACGUUUCCUGGCUCAUGGUCGUUGAUGCCUCAGAAUACUGGCUUUGGGUUGAACAAACAGAACUAUCCAAUGAUGCAGGAGGUUGCUGGGUUGCCUCAAAGGGCUGCAAAUACAAAGUUUGGGAAUGGAGGCUAUGCUGCACUGCCAGGCCGCGGCUUCGAUCAAUACUCAACUGGAUGGUUUGGCCACAUGAUGCCAAGUUCCCACAUGGAUGACACACAGCCGCGCGUGAUCAAGCCUCAACCUUUGGUUGUUGGUCAUGGUGACAUGCAGAAAACGAAAGGCGCUUCAUGCAAACUAUUUGGGAUUCACCUUGACAGCCCAGCGAAAUCUGAACCUCUGAAAUCUCCGCCAAGUGUUGCAUAUGAUGGGAUGCCGCACACUCCAGGGAGUGCUGAAUUGUGUAGAAUGGAUGCAACUGAACCAGAGAAGUGUUAUGACCCUUCUAAGACUCCGAAGCCACUCGAUGCUCCAUAUGCAGAUUCUGUUCCUGAGAAGCAUCUUUCUUGUCAGCAAGCUUCAAGAAAUGCGUCAGGCAAAUCACGGGGUGGAUCAGCUAGAAGCUGCAAGAAGGUUCACAAGCAAGGAAUUGCACUUGGCCGGUCUGUAGACCUGACAAAGUUUAAUGGCUACAUGGAGCUGGUUUCUGAACUGGAUGACAUGUUUGACUUUAAUGGCGAUCUGAAGAGUUCUAACAAGGAAUGGAUGGUUGUCUACACUGACCAUGAAGGGGACAUGAUGCUGGUUGGGGAUGAUCCCUGGAGUGAAUUCUGCAAUAUAGUUCACAAGAUCUUCAUCUACACAAGGGAGGAGGUCCAGCGGAUGGCUCCAGGAGCCCUGAACUCGCGUUCGGAAGAAAGUCCUGCUAAUUCGAUGGAAAGGGGCUCGGCUGCGAGAGAAGUGCGAGGCUGCUUAUCCGCCUCCUCUCUUAAUUCAGAGAACUGCUAAUGCCAUCUCAGCUGCAGGUCUUUUGAAGGGAGACAGAAGUUAAUGCACCUGUAGAAGGAAUUGCGGUUUGUAGCUGAGAAUGCAUUUUUAUGUACUGGAUAAGCCCGAAGUACCUUAUCUGUAGAUGGAGCUUGUCCUGAUGGUCAAGUCGCACCUUUAUUUGCUGCAGUUUUGGUUUUUAUUUUGGUGAGGCAAGUCCAGCCGCCGGUCCUGCCAUAUAAUGUAUGCGUAGAGAAGUAAGCUCAGGCCCCACCCUCUCAGCCCUCAACCCUGUAAAUAGCCUAUUCCAACCACCUUGCCUAGUCUAAUAUAUUAUCUGCCGUAAUUGACUCAUGUAGCUUGCGUUGUUUAAUUAUCGCUGUGCUGUUGUGGACCUAUGUGGUGGUUUGAACCUGAAGAUCCUACUUCCUGCUUGACUGUGGUACUCUUUAAACUAACUGCAAUGCAAUGAGAUGAUAAUCUGCUUCA